AUGGCAGAAAAUGCCACACAUUGCCCCAUCUCUGCUUUCUUCCUGGUUGGUAUUCCUGGUCUGCAAGAAUUUCACUGCUGGUUUGGCAUCCCUGUCUGCCUCUUGUUUGCCCUGACCCUGCUGGGGAACAGCGUUAUCAUUGUAACUAUCAAGCUAGAGCCAAGCCUCCACCAGCCUAUGUAUUUCUUCCUUUGCAUGCUGGCAAUGAAUGACAUGGCACUUGUCUGUUCCACAGCCCCUAAGAUGCUUGGCAUUUUCUGGGUUAAUGCACACUGGAUUGACUUUAAUAUCUGUUUAGCACAAAUGUAUUUCAUCCACACAUUUUCCAUUAUUGAAUCUGCUCUCCUUGUUGCCAUGGCUUUUGACCGCUAUGCAGCUAUUUGCAUCCCACUGCGUUAUACUACCAUCCUGACGACACCAAUGGUCAUUAAAAUGGGUCUAGUUGGUUCGAUCCGAGCUGUCCUUAUGGUUUUGCCCUGUCCUCUUCUUAUUAAGAGGCUGCCAUAUAAUACAAAAUAUAUCAUCAAUCAUGCCUAUUGUGAGCACAUGGCUAUAGUGAAGUUGGCCAGUGCUAACACCCUAAUUAACAGAGCAUAUGGAAUCUCUGUGGCCCUUUCAGUGAUGGUGUUGGACCUAGGGCUCAUAGCCACAUCCUAUGUCAAAAUCCUCCAGGCAGUCUUCCGGCUUUCCUCUCAGAAUGCCCGUUCUAAAGCACUGGGCACAUGCGCUGCCCAUGUCUGCACCAUUCUUGUCUCAUACACACCUGCAUUGUUUAGCUUCUUAACACACCGCAUUGGGAAGAAGGUACCUCCAAAUGUCCACAUAAUUUUUGCAUGUUUGUACCUUCUGGUGCCCCCCACAGUCAAUCCCCUGGUGUACGGUGUCAAGACCAAGCAGAUUCGUGAUCAAGUGGCGAGUCUUUUCUUUCCAAGCAAAAAAAUAAUCUGA